AUGGCUUUCACGCAGCUCGUUCCCGGUGUCAAGCCACAAUCUCAGCUGGCAACAGCAAAGCCUAUUGGCAACAGUAUCAACAAUCCUCGUACGCCGUGUGCCGCGCCUUGGCUUCUGCGUCGCUGUGCCGUCGUGCGACGCUUCAAGGAAAAUGACGACUUGGAGGCGGAUAUCCAGAAGCGAAAGGAGCGGGAGCAAGUGAUCCGCAAGCAGGAAGAACUCAUCCAGCAGGCGGCCGAGAAUGCGGGCAAGGCCGCCGGGUCUGCUAAGGAUGAGCUGAAGAGGGACGUCACGCGGGCUGUGGAGACUGUGGAGAGGAGCAGCGCGGGCAAGGGCUACUCGGCGGCCGCGGUAAAGGUUCCUCUAUGGAUGCCCGCCUUCACUCGCCGCCGGGAGAUUUUCGUGGGCCGCAUCGCAAUGGUGGGUUUCUUCGCUACGUGCGUGUUGGAGAUCCUAACCGCCAACCACCUGGGUCCUAUCCGUCAGGUUCAGAUGUGGACCGGCAUGGACACGGCCACCAUCACUGCCAUGCUGAUGGGCAUCGUCAUCUACAACGCGCUGGGAGGACUGGGCCCCUGGUCGCCUACCUUCUCCCCGGAGAAUCUACGGGAUGUUGCCCGCCGACCCACGGGUCCUCCGAGUGUGUUGGUCAACCCGCUCAACCUGGGGAAGCUGCUGGGCAUCUCUGGCUGGGGAUUCACAAAACGAAACGAGUUGUUCCAUGGCCGACUGGCCAUGCUAGGCUUUGCGGCCGCAGUGGUGGGUGAGCUGAAGACCGGCAGAGGCGCUCUGAGCCAGCUUGCGGGAUAUCUGGGCAUUAUACCUGAUGACACGUACUACAGCGCCGUGAUGAAUGGCUUCAUCGUGUUCGCAGCGCUCAUGCUGGGGAUGUCCAUUCUGUUCCCAAGCCGACUGCAGGGAGCAGCGCCUUCAGAGGACGACAUCUUCUGA